CACCAGCGGGACAUGGCCAACUUCUGUAUGCUGAUCUUGCCCUCAAUCACGCAUGUCAGGAAAGGAAAUGAGGAGUCGAAGGAUCCGGUGCUGCAUAGGGUUUUGGGCAGCAACCGCAGGACUCGGCAGGGAACUUGCGUCCGCUGGGCAUAAGGACGAGACCAUUACCUACUAUUCACGGCUGGGCACCGUGUCAAUGGUCCCAUGCUCUCCACCCACAUCGACUGGGCCUUGGUUGGGAUCCAAUUGUGGACAGGGACGAAGAAGAGAACAAGACCAAGGACGAUGAUGAAGCGGAG